UGGGUGAAAGGGGCCCCCCCCUUGGACAACCCACCCUGUGUCUUCGACGUGGAUGACCCCUCCUGCGAUAAAAGUGGGUCUACCGGGUCCCCAUGUCCCUUGGGGAAUGUGGUAGCCAUCAAGCACAUCAACAAGAAACGCAUCGAGCUGACACGGCAGGUGCUCUUCGAGCUGAAACACAUGCGGGACAUCCAGUUCAACCACCUGACCCGCUUCAUCGGGGCAUGCAUCGACCCCCCUAACAUCUGCAUCAUCACUGAGUACUGCCCACGGGGCGGGCAGCCUGACGUCCUGGAGAAUGACAGCAUCAACCUGGACUGGAUGUUUCGCUAUUCCCUCAUCAACGACAUCGUCAAGGGAAUGGCCUUCCUGCACAACAGCAUCAUCGGCCACCAUGGCAGCCUCAAGUCAUCCAACUGCGUGGUGGACAGCCGCUUCGUGCUGAAGAUCACUGACUAUGGGCUGGCCAGCUUCCGCUCACCCUGCGAUGGCGAGGACACGCACGCCCUCUAUGCCAAGAAGCUGUGGACGGCUCCAGAGCUGCUGCAGAAGGGGCGCCUGCCCACCCCAGGCAUGCAGAAAGCUGACGUCUACAGCUUCGGUAUCAUCGUGCAGGAGGUUGCCCUGCGCAAUGGACCCUUCUACAUUGAGGGCAUGGACCUGAGCCCCAAAGAGAUCGUGCAGAAGGUGCGUAACAGCCAGAAGCCCUUCUUCCGCCCCUCCAUUGACAUUGGGGUGCACAGCGAGGAGCUGGCGGUGCUGAUGGAGCGCUGCUGGGCGCAGGAGCCGGCUGAGCGCCCCGACUUCAGCCAGAUCAAGAUUUUCAUCCGUAGAUUCAACAAGGAGGGCAGCACCAGCAUCCUGGACAACCUGCUGUCACGCAUGGAGCAGUAUGCCAACAACCUGGAGAAGCUAGUGGAACAGCGGAACCAGGCCUACCUGGAGGAGAAGCGCAAGGCAGAGAACCUCCUCUACCAGAUCCUGCCCCACUCCGUGGCGGAGCAGCUGAAGCGUGGGGAGACAGUGCGGGCCGAGGCUUUCGACAGUGUCACCAUCUACUUCAGCGACAUCGUGGGCUUCACUGCCCUCUCGGCAGAGAGCACCCCCAUGCAGGUCGUGACACUGCUGAACGAUCUCUACACUUGCUUUGAUGCCAUCAUCGACAACUUUGACGUCUACAAGGUGGAGACCAUCGGGGAUGCCUACAUGGUGGUGUCAGGACUGCCGGUGCGCAACGGGAAGCUGCACGCCCGUGAGAUCGUCCGCAUGGCUCUGGCACUGCUCGAGGCCGUAAAAACUUUCAAGAUCCGGCACCGCCCCAACGACCAGCUCCACCUGCGUAUUGGUGUACACACUGGUCCUGUGUGCGCCGGAGUCGUGGGUCUGAAGAUGCCGCGGUACUGCCUGUUCGGGGACACGGUGAACACUGCAUCCCGCAUGGAGUCUAACGGCCAGGCCCUGAAGAUCCAUGUCUCGUCCACCACCAAGGAAGUCCUGGAUGAGUUUGGCUGCUUUGAACUGGAGCUGCGUGGGGAUGUGGAGAUGAAGGGCAAGGGGAAGAUGCGGACAUACUGGCUGCUGGGUGAGAGAAAAGACCCCAAAGUCAUCUGA